UACAGUGCGGUCACACACACACACACACACACACACGGAAGAAGCAGAGACUGGCUUUAGUAUGCGGGCAGCUUAGUCUGGCUGGAAUCAUGAUUUUAACACUAAUAACCUGUAUAUUGUUCUGUUCCGGGACUGUUUUUACAGAUGAAGUUCCUCCUCCUCAGAAUGUGACGAUAAAAUCACAGAACCUUUAUCUGGUUUUGGAAUGGGAUCCACCACUGACCAGCACUGGGAAAGACUUGAAUUUUACAGCUGAGUACAAGUCAUGGAAUUCGUUUCAGACCGUUUGCGCGAACGUUUUAAUACCGAGCUGCGAUUUCACCAAUGAAGUCACCCCUUAUGGAACAUACACAUUUCGUGUACGAACAGAACUGAAUGGAAAUAGCUCAGAUUGGGUCGAAAUUAAGAGUGAUUCUUUGGAAAAAAUCACUGUUAUUAGUGCUCCAGAUGUGAAGCUACAGAGCAGAAGAGGGAAAAUGGAGGUUGACAUUAUCGAACCUGUCCUUCACAAAAGCACGCUUAAGGAUGUUUAUACGAACAUUAACUAUCGCAUUCGUUAUUGGACUGAAGGAAAGACGGAUAAGGUUGAGGUGGACUCGGACCAGAGCAGAGUGAUGCUCAUGAAGCUUUUACCAGAAACGCGCUACUGCAUGCAAGUGGAGAUUGUUUUGGAUUAUUCGAAAUACAGCCUACCGAGUAACAUAACCUGUGAAAUGAACUCUGCCAGUGAUGAGGUGGAGUUGUGGCUGAUAGCAGUGGUGCUGUUCGUCAGUUUCAUGGUCACACUGAUUUCGGUCCUGAUGAUUUUCCUGGCUGUGUGGUUCGGCUACAAGGGAGUCCGAUUUCUCUACCCGCAGGCCAACCUGCCCGAGCACUUUAAACAGUACCUGUCAGAGCGUCCAAGUACAUCCAUCCUGCUGGCCAUGCAGAACAGCGCGCAGCCUAAAGAGCUUUACCAUGAGUUCAGCAUCAUCACUGCUCAAGAGAUUCUUCUUGACCCAAAGCAGAAAGAAAGCUUAAACCCAGCUCUUACUUCAGAAACAAAGGAUGUUCAUUCUGAGCAAGAGGAAAAUCAGGCAGUAGAUGCAGUCAAGGAGCCUCUUUUGCAAUAACUACAAAAGACGAAAAACUCCAAAGAACUUUUUCACAUUGAAAACUUUUCACAUACAUAUGUGUGCAAAGUUUUUUUUUUCAUUCUUCUGACCAGGGUUAUGUUGUGAACAUCAAUACUUACUGACUCAGUAUUUAUGUAAGUUGUAAGUAUACAUUUGGGUCGUCUCCACGCUCAGGAACAGUUCACGAGGUAAAGUUUACAGGAAGUGUUCAGUCUGCAGCAGAAGUGAAGAUUUUUAAUCGUGAGUGAAAUAUUUACUGAAGUUUAUUAUUUUUUAAUAUAGCACUUUAUAAGAUGCGCUGCCUGGCCAAAAAGAGGUCGUCAUUUCAGAGGGGUCAAAUUAUUAGGCUGCAUCAAGCAAAGAAAACAACUAGGGAAAUGUGAAAUUACUGGAACUGGGUUAGGAAGCCUUUUACAUACGAUCAAAACCUGGAAGGAUAGUGCUGAACCAUCAACUUUGUGGAAGGAAAAAAAUAAUGAAACACUUGGUGAAAUUGCAGAUAUAAAAACAGAUAUGUAUCCAUAAGAAGACCACUUAUUAGUGAGACUCAUCAGGAAAAAAAAGGUUUGAAACUGCAACGAAACAUAAAGAUGAAAGCGAUGGAAAAAGGUCAGGUUGUCUAAUGAGUCCUUAUUCCAAAGCGAUGGGCGUGUCAGUGUACGAAGUGGCCACUACUUUUUGUGUCCACUGUACAAGAAUCUGGAGACAGUGUUAUGAUCUGGGGUUGGUUCAGUCACUCAGGUCUAGACUCAUCAACGUUAUGUGGCAAUAAAAUGAAGUCAGGUGGCGACCUGAAUUACUGAAUGACCAGAUUAUCACAUCUGUGGAGUUUUUCUUCCCUGACGGCACAGGGCAAAUUACAGGACUCAGAUUACUGUAUGAAAGAGUGCUUCAGGGAUGAGGUGCAAUUUUUUUUUGUGCUAGGCAGUGCAACAUGGAUUUUUAGUAUACUCAUUUUCUUUGUUGUUGUUGUUGAGAUUGUAUUUAGUAUUUUUGGAAAUUGGUGAAUGAGCAGUUGUUAAGAUACUCUCUUGCAGCUUUUGAAGUCUGAGCACUAACAGCUGAGGCUUUGAGAAACACUGCUCAUCUCCACCAAAUGCUAAUGUAAGCUGCUUUGGAUAAAAGUGUUUGCUAAAUGAUGAAUUAAUACUAACAUUGAUUGAUUAACCUCAAUUUUUAUUUUAUCUUAUUAAACAGUGUGCUGUGUUAAUUGAGUGUUAAUUAGUAAUGGGGUUCGUGCAUGGUACAGAUGCAGGUCAGCAAAUGAACAAUUUGACAGCAAAAUGCGAUAACUCCAUCUUGCAGUUUUGAGAAAGACAAGUUUUGUUGUGACGCAAGAAUUAUUGCAAACUGGUGUUUUCUUUAAAUUUUUUAAAAAGAACAAAUGAUUAAAAUAUUUUGUCAAAAUUGUUUGGGUUGUAAAAAUGUGAAUUUUGCAUCAUUUUGCAAAAAGCCAUAACUCCAUCUCCCACAGUUUUGCCACAAUGGAUAAAUCAGCCUACAGUUGUGUUUGUGUUUAUUUAAGUAUGCAAUUUUGUAAAAAAUAAAAUGUUGGUUGAAUUUUAAUAAAAAUACAGCAAACUCA